CAUUGUGGGACGUUGCAACCGCGAUGAGCGACCGACCGGUGAACAUGGCAGACCAAGUGUCAGGCAGCAUCUACCAGAAAACUGAGACGACUCUGGACGAGCCAGUGUCCGAGACGAUUCUGCGCGAUGUUCGCCUUGUGGGAUCAAAGCUCAAGGUCGUUCUGAUGCCCAAGAACACGUCCGACCAAACUCUACAUGCACUGCGUGACUGGGACUUGUGGGGGCCCCUCCUUGUAUGCUUGACUUUGUCCAUUAUGUUGAGCAUCACGGCGCCGACAAAUCAAUCCGCGAUGGUGUUCACGGGUGUGUUUGUCGUCGUGUGGGCUGGUGCUGCUGUGGUGACUGUGAAUGCGCAGCUCCUGGGCAGCACAAUCUCAUUCUUCCAGAGCAUUUGCGUUUUGGGGUACUGCGUGUUUCCGUUGGUAAUCGCGACCCUCAUCAACACGAUCUUCCGGCUCGUGUACCUGGGCCAUGUGACUGUGCGCCUCGUAGUCGUGGCCGUCGGUUUCCUUUGGUCCACUCGAGCGUCGGUCGUAUUCAUGUCCCAACUCGUGCCGCCCAAGCGAAAAGCGCUAACCAUAUACCCUGUCCUUCUCUUCUACCUCUUCAUUGGGUGGAUGAUCUUGAUUUCCUAAGGAUAACCAUGAAUACACAUGUACUCGCAUGCUCCAUAG